AUGAAAUUAGAAGCUAAUCAUGGAGAUGAAAAGAGUUUAAAGAAAGUAUAUAAUGAAGCAUUAGAAGUAUGUGAUAUGAAGAAGAUUAUGCUUCAUAUGAUUCACAUUUAUAAAGAAAAGAAAGAAGAAGAAGAGAAAAUAAACAGAAUAAUAUUUAAGAAAGUUAAAGGAAGUUGUAAAGUAUAUAAGAAAUAUUGUAAUUUCAUAAUGAGAAAUAAUAGAGAAGAAGAAAAUAAGAAUACAAUAAGUAAAGCAAAAACAACAUUAGAUAAAAAGAAAAUGAUAAGUUUAGAAAUUCAUAUUGCACGAUUAGAAUAUAAAUAUGGAUCAUUGAUAAAGGAAGAUCAAUUUAAACAAAAAUUAAGUACUAAAACAAUGAAAACAUUCUUAACUAAAUAUUUAGAAUUUGAAAUAAAAUAUGGAGAUGAAAGUAAACAAGAACAUGUUAGAGAUAUUGUUAAAUCAUUUGUUUCAAGAAAAUAA